CCACACUUGUUGUACAUUUAUAUUCCUAGCUGAUUCCGGUGACUUACAAAAACCAAAUAGGUUACCUAAUAACCCUUUGUCACUUUCCUCUAGCAACUAAAAUUUAAAACAUACCUAUCAAAACGACUGACAAUUUUUCUGCAUCAGAAACAAGCAGCCAAUUCUGUACCAAGACAUAACAGUUCUAUCUAGAUUUCAUUUAUCAUAAUCUUCUUAAAAAAAAUUCAUUAUUUAUGUUUCCAAAUGAAACUUGUUUCCCAUGCAGAGCCCCUACUCACCAUUCUCACUUCUACGUGUCACCAUUUUGCCAAUUCCCCCUCGCUUUAUAAACACCAUCCAACUUUUCUCUUACUUCAAACUUCUUCAUUUCUUUUCCUUCCACCCAAGCAAUGGCUGAUCGUCCACAACCACACCAGAUCCAAGUCCAUCCCCACCACCGCUACGACGGCGGCGCCAAGGGAGGAGGCCCUUCAGCCUCCACAGUCCUCGCCGUCGUCACCCUUGUGCCUCUCGGCGGCUUGCUGCUAGGACUCGCCGGUUUGACGCUGGCGGUCACGCUCUUCGGCCUGGUGGUCUCCACUCCGGUAUUCAUCAUCUUCAGCCCCGUUAUAGUGCCAGCAAUCUUAACCAUUGGUCUGGCUGUCCUUGCCUUCUUGACCUCUGGGGCAUUUGGGCUCACGGCUGUCUCUUCGCUCACAUGGGCCUACGACUACCUACGCGAGGUCACCGGGUUCAUGCCGGAUCAGAUUGACCAAGCUAAGAGGCGCAUGCAGGAUAUGGCUGGUUCUGUGGGGCAGAAGACAAAGGAGCUGGGACAGGAAAUUCAAAGCAGGUCCCGAGAACAAGGGAGGAGGACGUGAAUGGAGGAAGGCGAGGGAAAUGGCAGGGUUCUGUCUUUGAAUCCUGUAGUCAUGUCAAUGUCGGAAUCAUAGGUUUCGAGUGUUUCUUUGAGUAAUCCUAGGAUAGUUCGCUUCUGAGCUAUUUCAAGAAUGCGGGCUUUAGUUUGCAGUUCUACUACUUCCAGUGUAAAGCUUCUCCCUCUGUUCUUACUUCUUACACAUGCAUUGGUCAUUUGAACCUCA